AUGUCUGCCGCACCUCUCGCACCUGCUCCUGCAGCUCCGCCUGCAGCGCCUACUGUAAUGACUGAUACUAGUCCAAAUGAUCUUGCAAAUGUAAACAACACUGAGGUCAAGGCGGGAGAGAAGGAGGCGGAGAAACAGCCGACACCGAGCACCACAUCCAAGCUCGAGGCGCAGAUCGAGCAACUGCAGGCUCUUGCCACCCGAUUGCGCACUGUUCGUGCUGCACCCACUGGACUUGCCAUUCGGGAUAUUACUGGAACUCUGGGCAUGAAGACGCGAAGCGCGUUGGGCGAAAUACAGGAGUUGCGCCACGCUCUGCUAAGCACAGACGCCCAGGACGCACUUUCGGCCGCGGCGGCGAGUGAGAAGGCGGACAGGACAGGAAUCAAAGGAGGUCUGAGGCGAGAGUCUCGCAAACGCAAGCGCUCUAUUACUCCAGAAACACCUCAACCAUACGUUGCACCGCAUGCGCCGAGUAUAUUCCCUAUGCCAACACCUCCGCCACCACCCACGACCAUAGCAACCGUACCGCAGCUCGUCCGCGACUUCAAUACGAAACAUGGACGUGCGGCCCAGAUGCGCAUCUUCAUCCCCAGUGGUAGCAAGCCACCCGCCACUACACCACCUAUCACACUGCGCGUGCGACUACCGGACGUCCUUACGGCCUACAUAACUCUGGACACACCCUCGUCCGAAGAUGGAAGUUCCAAACCGUUACGCGACCGCACACUCACAGUCGCGCAUGUCGCCACAUUCGGCGCUCGAGAGCGGGUCCCGCCGCACGCGCAAUCGGCCUAUAUCGUUUUCCAGAAGAUGUCUCAGCAUAUCAUCUCCAUGGUCCAGUCCGCACCGACCGUGCCGCCGGGGGUGCUAGCGGACAUGCUCGUCGCGUAUCAGGACAUGUUUGCAACGAUUUGCGUCGCAUGCGAGCGUUUGCUCUCCCAAGAGGGAUUUAUGCCCGCCGUUGCGCGGAUAUGGCGCGAACCCAAUGGCGACGGCACAGGGAAAUGGGAGGCGCGGCAUGUCACUUGUAUGAAGCGAUAG